AUGAGUUCACUUGUAGUGCUUGAUUUGUCCCAUAACUAUUUGAGUGGCAUGAUUCAUCCAUGUAUUGGCAACUUGAGUCAAUCUUUGUCAGUGCUACAACUACAAAGCAACAACUUCGGCAACACCAUCCCAAAAACAUGGGCAAAAGGAUGCGGCUUAAAGAUGAUUGACUUGGGUCAAAACCAGUUACAGGGUCAUUUGCCAAGAUCUUUGGCCAACUGUACUGAGCUUGAGUAUCUUCGUGUUAGCAGAAAUCAAAUCAAUGAUACCGAUCCUUCUUGGUUGGGAACUCUUCAACACUUGAAGAUUCUUGAUCUCCAUUCUAAUGGCUUCCACGGUGCAAUAAGGAGUCUGGAAACAAAUUACACAUUCUCCAAUUUGUGUAUCAUUGACCUCUCUCAUAACCAUUUGUCUGGGAAUCUAUCUGCGGGAUAUUUCGCACAAUGGGAUGCCAUGAAGUCCAUUGGUGCAAAGAAUUUACAAUACAUGGGUGAGCGGGUCUACUAUUCAAUUAUAAUAACGAUAAAAGGUGUGGAGUUGGAGUAUAAGAAGAUCCAAGAUGGCCUCACAGUCAUAGAUUUCUCAUGCAACAGAUUUGAAGGAGAUAUUCCUGAAAUACUUGGGAAUCUAGAAGGACUUCGUGUGCUGAACCUUUCCAAUAAUGCUUUCACUGGUCAUAUCCCAUCAUCCUUUGGGAACUUGACACAGCUAGAAUCAUUAGACCUUUCUCAAAACAAGUUGUUCGGAGAGAUACCUCUUGAAUUAGUCCAGCUCAAUUUCCUUUCAAAAUUUAAUGUGUCACAUAAUUGCCUCACUGGACCUAUACCACAGGGGCAACAGUUUGGAACAUUUCCAAAUACUUCAUUCAAAAAUAAUCGAGGACUGUGUGGAAAGCCGUUGUCCAAAAUCUGUGGAGAUUCUGACAUUUCAACACCUCCACCUUCAACCUUUGAAGAGAAUCAGAGUCCAAAAUUGUCCUUUAAAUUUGGUUGGAAAGUAGUUGUGAUGGGAUAUGGAUGUGGAUUCGUAUUUGGAGUUGUUAUCGGGCACAUUGUGACAACUAGAAAGCCAGAUUUGCUCAUCAAGAUUUUUGGCAAGAAGCAACACCAAACUCGAAUAAGACGGGUGAAUCGUCGGGUGAAUUGUAGGUAG